AUGGCAACAACUCGCAAAGAGCUCCCUCCAGAGAGCAUUGGAAGGCUGCUUGAAGUAAUCUUUCUCACGCAGAAAGCUCUGGAAAGGUUGUCUCUCGAGCAUACUGCGAACAGAAAAGCUCGGCAACUGAAUCUCAUUGGUGCAUCAUACCUAGGAUUUUCUGCGUUUCAGCCUUGCCCUUUAGAGUUCUGGUCUAUCUUUCAAGUUGCGUAUUUGAGAACUGUGGAUGAUUUCUCAGGUCCUGCGUGGGGAAAUCAGUUUACCUUUUUCUUGACUGCUCCUCUGCAGGCAUUUUGCCAGAUGGUUGGCCUCACUUCUGGUGAUUGCGUUAUGGGUUUUUACAAUGAUGCUGAGGAGAUGCUCUCCACUGCAUCGUCUGAGUGGGAGGUUAUUCUUUGUACAUCAAAAGGCCUGGAUCUGGUUUGGGCAGAAGUUUUAUCCAAUCCAUUUCUACGGAGGCUUAUUCUUAGAUCAGUGCUCUCUGUUUUCUGCCCUCCUGAAGAUGAUGAGCAAUAUCUGCCCGUUUGCCUACCUCAUCUUCCCAGUUCUGUCCCUGCGAGAUCUGAAGUUGUGCAGUCAGCUGUAAUCUGGCUUGCAAAUCACCUGAAGGUUACAGAUUGUUUUCAAUUCAAUGACACGUAA